CUCCUCUUAAGGUCGUUCUAUAUUAGUUGCAAGCCGAUCGCAAGCAGACGCAAUUCUUAUUGCGACAGCCAAUCAGAAGCAUCAAUGGUGCUAUUAAUGCUUCUGAUUGGAUGUCACAACAAGAUUGCAAUCGACUUGCAACUAAUGUAGAACGACCUUAAGGGCUUUCUUACUGCUACGGCGUACGAUUCUCUAUUGUAGAUGAAUAACCCCUUAUACGUCAUCUGUAUUCAAGUUUUAAAAACUAUUUCGUUACGAUCAUUUGCUGUCGAUAAAGUCUCAAUUUAGUUUAUUGAAUGUUUGUAACGCGGCGCUACAGUAGUGCUGUAACGCCUAUCAGAUUCUACAUACCUCUGUGCAUUUAUCACGGUUUAUCAGAUAGUCAUGAGACUUCAUGUUCGUAUUGAUGGUUUUGGAUGAAAAGUUAUCGACUUUUUUAAAUCAGUGUCUUUCGACUUUAUCUCAUCGGAAAUAAUCACAAGGAUUGAAAUGGCGGAAAAAGUGGAAAGCAUCAGUCGUGAUUCUAACGUAGAUGAGAAAUACAGAGUUUACGCAAGCGUGUCGUUCGCGGUGCUACUGCUAGGAGUCGGCCUGCCCCUUUGGUGGCACACUACGGCGGUGCCUCGUGUGGCGCUUCCCUACACCAGGAUCGACGAGCUGUCGCAAUUAGACAUCAAGAUCAACACGAAGAUCACUGUCGCGGCGCUCUCGCGCGAUCGCGCCGAGUUGCUCGCCCGUGAAAUCAAGCGAGCCUUCGCGAACGCUGAGAUAUACCAGUUGGACGUGGAGUAUCAGGUGAUAUCUAAUAACCUGUUAGCGUCUGCUUUCACGUAUCAUGAACUCGAGAAGGUAGCCUCGACCUUCGAGCUGAAUGUGGGCGGUCUGUUGUUGUUGGAGGCGACAAAUCUGAAUGAUGCUGUUUUAGUCGGCUCCAAAAGAACGUUAUAUUUCUCCACUGAAACCAAUGCUAGCAAUUUGGUGCAAGUGUUAUCGGAAUGGAUUCUACACGACAAAUCAUUGGCACUGACGAGGAACGCGCUUGCCGAGCCCACUAUGUACAGUUUAGACGAGGAGAAUAGGAGACGAUUCCCGGCUAGCCCAGCGUACGACAUCCUGAUCACUCUAGUGAAUCCUGAUCCCGACAAAUUGAAGGUCGUUUGGGACCUCAAGAUGGUAGCCGAAGAAUACAUACGACCGUUCCUGGACGAUCUUUCCAUCGUUAGUAACUUCUCGGUGAAGUCACAGUGGCUAUACUUGCUGCCGUUGGAUGUGAAUCCUCGACGGGUGCCCGACAGCAGUCCGAGUCGCCGGCACUUUGCUCUGCGCGAAAGUGUCCUGCCGCAGCUUGUGACGCCGUUGGAGAAAAAAUUAGCAUCGCAGGUUAGCCUCCAUCCUUGUAUAAGCUUCGUCGUCUACACAGUACCGUGCGACAGCGCGCCCCUGCACAUCUACACACGCAGCGGGCACAGGUCGCGGACGGACAGUAACGUAGAGGCCUUUCUGUCGCCAAGAUGGGGUGGUGUGGUUUUGAUCAAUCCACCGUCGGAGGCUUGCGAAAGUGCACGAGAGGAUGAAAUCGUUACCAUCGUUCCCGAGGAUACCGCGGUGGUAGGCACGUUCCUGGCACAACUGAGACUAUUGCUGGGCAUCCCAGAAACGAAGCCCAUCAGCGGAGUGACGGCGGUGCCAUUGGUGGGGUUGAAAUCGCGCGACUGGGAGAUCGAUUCCCUGUUAAGAUUUCGCACUGUCGAACAAUUGACCUCGGCGAAAUUGACCCUACAGUCGUUGGCACAACUCCUUAAGGAGAUCAGCAAUAUCGUCAUCACUGACGUGGUUGGGAACAGGAUCAAGACCGCGCUCGAGUUGGUGCACAGGUCCGCCGAGUGUCUAGAACGCGGCGACCUCGAGCGCAGCUUCCUUCUCAGCAAAGAGGCCUUCGUCACCGCUGAAGCAGCUUUCUCUGAUCCGACGCUGUUGGCGCUCCUUUACUUCCCGGAAGAUCAGAAGUACGCUGUGUACAUUCCUCUGUUCUUGCCGGCGAUGAUACCGGUGUUGUUAUCGCUCAAGAAUAUACGAAGAUACUACUUCCCGGAGAAAUAGGCAGUAUGUAUAAAAGAGAUUAAAAGGCCGCAAAGAAACCAAAAACGGUGAGGGCAGUUAAUUGUGGGGGUCGAAUAAUAAAGGCGUUUAUCUGAUCGAUAACAUGAUUACAAUCGUGCGAUCGUUCAUGCGUUGGAAAUCGUCUCGACCAAAGGUAAUGUAUAGCAAUAAUAGUGUAAUUUUCGUACAAUGUUCUAUAUCGUUUAUAAACCAAACUCUGUGAGCUGUACGUUAUUUGUAUCAUGCAUAGUGAUACAUCAGCCAUCUCAUUGCAAAAAGCAUCCGUUUCAACUCUUAUUCAUGCGCUGUAAAAAGCUAAAACGUGAUCACUUCGAGUAUCCUUCCUUACACGACUGGACGUUUUGCGCGUUUGUAUAAGGCUGACACGGUUAGUCAGAAUCGCGUGAUCUUAAUGAUCCAUUAAGUACGAAAGUAGUUCUAAGAUAGGUUUUUACUCACCAUUGCGUGCGCAGAGAAGACACCGAAAGAAAACGCGUGGAGGUAACGGUAAUUUUAGCUGUUUUAUUACGAAAGGAAAAAAAAUUUUCGACGAGAGACAUGGAUGUGUGUAUGUGUGUGUAUGUGUGUGUGUGUGUGUGUGUGUGUGGGGAAACAUCUCUUUCCGCGAAAAAGAAAACUACAUAAUAAACGAUUUCUCUUUUUCUCUCCCUUGAGCCACUUUUUUUUCUUUGUAUUGUUCGUUCGAACAAUAAGGUCUCUGAGCGUUAACCAACCAACGAGUAUUAAAUAGCUUAUACAUCUCUCUGAAUACAUACGCUUACACACACACACACACACACACUCACAUACGCAUGCACAUACAUCGCACAGUGAAUCUGAGAAAAACACACAUAGUUGUUCUUCCUGCAAUUCUUACUGUUUCAUACCAACAGCCGCUGGAAUUUUGUGUUCAUCGUAAUGCACGGAAAUGCAAUUUUAUGAUCAAUUCCGAGCAUGCACGUUGUUGUGAAUCACGCGUAGACACACACGCACACACACGCAUAUCGUAAUUCAGCAUCACUAUCAUACAUCCAAAACUCCCUCGCAUUCCUCUUCGAUCGAAUUUCAAAAGUUAAUAAUCCAUUAGAUCGUUAGAAACAACUACAGUCUAUAUACACGUAUAUCAAAUCAAUCCUCAACCAAGUUACCAAAAGGUUACAAAAAGAUUGCGAACGUUAAGUUACUAUAAAAAAAAGAGAAAAAAUAGUAUAUGUCCAUCUACCGUGAGAGACCGCUCUCCCCCUCUCUUUCUUCUUUUUUUUUUCAUGACGGUUAAGUAAAGGAUACGUCAUUUGAUAAGAGUAGAAGAAUGUGACGAUAAAAAAAAAACUACGUAAUAGUAAAACGGUUAGCUGCUCGAUGCAUUGGCCA